AUGGCUUUUAAAUCAGUCGACACUGUUCUUGAUAAAAACAAAACCGUAAAUUUUCCAACUGAAUUUUUGAAUUCAUUGAAUAUAUCAGGAAUGCCACUACACAAUCUUUGGUUGAAGGUUGGUUCACCGGUUAUUUUACUAUGUAAUUUAAUUCCAUCUAACUUAUCCAACAGUACACGUUUGGUCAUCAAAAGAAUUACCAAAAAUGUUCUUAAAGCAACUAUUUUGACAGGGAAGUUUAAGAAAGAAAUCGUCCUCUUGCCAUGCAUUCCAAUGAUACCAUCAGAAUCUCCAGUACCAUUUAAAGGGCUUCAAUUUCCAGUUCAUUUGGCUUUUGCAAUAACUAUAAAUAACUCUCAAGGUCAAGUAAUGUCCAUUUGCAGCUUGGACAUAGAAAAUCCAUGUUUUUACCAUGGGAAACUAUAUGUUGCAUGUUCACAUGUGGGAAAACCGUCAAAUUUAUUUGUGUUAACGAAAGAUGGGUUAAUGAAAAAAUAUUGUACACCGGUUAGCGCUUUAUUAAAUUAA